ACCCAUUUCGACAAUUACCAAGCCGUCCUCUAAACCUCCAAACACCCCACUCCAAGUUUUCCUACUACUACGGCUCCUGCCGGAAUUUAGUGGGCCCCAGACGCCUGAGUAAGAUGAAUGCUGGUGGGUUAGCCUCCAACGGCCGUCAAUUCAAGAACCCAGAUGAGAUGUGGAGAGAAGAGGUUGGUGAUCAAUCCAAGAAGUCUGAGUGGUACAAUAAAGGUGUUAGCUAUUGGCAAGGUGUAGAGGCAACAGUGGAUGGUGUGCUGGGCGGAUAUGGGCAUGUGAAUGAUGCAGAUAUAAAGGCAAGCGAGGCAUUUCUGAAUACCCUUUUGGCUGAGAGGUUCACUGAUGCUGGCAGAGGCCACCAUCUUGUUGCUCUCGAUUGUGGGUCUGGCAUUGGGAGGGUUACCAAGAAUCUUCUUAUAAGAUACUUUAAUGAGGUUGACCUUCUUGAACCAGUGUCGCAUUUUCUGGAGGCUGCUCGAGGAAAUUUAGCCCCAGAGAAUUUACUGGUCUCAGACUCGUACAAGGCUGCCAAUUUCUAUUGCCUUCCACUUCAGGACUUCACUCCUGAUGCACAAAGAUAUGAUUGCAUAUGGAUUCAGUGGUGUAUUGGGCAUCUUGCAGAUGAUGACUUUGUAUCAUUCUUUAAGCGGGCAAAGGGGGGCCUCAAACCUGGUGGUUUCUUUGUUUUGAAGGAGAAUAUCGCUAGAGCUGGAUUUGUGCUGGAUGAAGAAGAUAAGAGUGUUACACGAUCUGAUUCAUACUUCAAGGAGCUGUUCAAUCAAUGUGGAUUGCAUAUUUGGAAAAUGAAGGAUCAGAAAGGAUUUCCUGAUGAAUUAUUUGCUGUGAAGAUGUAUGCGUUAACAACUGAAAUACCAAAGAUAGUUAAUCCAUCCAAAACGAGGAGGCAGUCAAAAAACAGGCCUGGCGUGAUCAAAUGAGGAGCAUCAUGGACCAUGGGUUGCAUUUUAGUCUUUUGAGUUCUCAAGUUAGUUUCUCCAAUGUAUUUUAGAAAUCAUUUUUCCUUCCUCCCACACCUUCCCAACUGAAAUUGUUAGGCUUAAGAUUAGAACCUUGGACCUAACAGUGGGGAGCUAUGUUACCCAGGAUCAGCUAUGGGAGACACGGCUACUCUAGUACAAAAUGAAAAGUCAGACACAGGUACAGCAGGACAAAAUGAAGAGUUUGGUUAACAUUGCUGGAGAGGGCUCUUAUAGCUAUGUUACCCAGGAUCAGCUAUGGGAGACACGGCUACUCUAGUACAAAAUGAAAAGUCAGACACAGGUACAGCAGGACAAAAUGAAGAGUUUGGUUAACAUUGCUGGAGAGUCUUAAGAGUCCUCUCCUCUCUCGGCGACUAUGACGAACUCUAGUUGUUGUUUCUUAGAAUUUUUGACGACUUUUUAUUUUUUCCCCAUUACAUUCAUGCAACUCUUUUUCCUUUUUCGUUGUCCUGUGCUUAGUAUAAAUCAGAGAACAUUUUUUGUAGCUUUUGAGUGCUUGGUUUACAAAAUUCUGAUUACUAUCUGUGCUAUUCACGUGUAUAUCUUCCAUUUU